AUGCAACAUCAGUCAUUCUUGGCUAUCAUUUGGACUCCUCUGACAGAGGGAUGGUUCAAACUUAAUACGGAUGGUUCGUCCCUCGAAAACCCAGGUAAAGUUGGAGUUGGAACCAUCAUCCUUGACAGGGAUGGAAGAUGGGUUUCUGGCUCUGCUAGGUUCAUUGGAGUUGGGUCAAACAACUUGGCUGAGCUUUGGGCCCUUAGAGAUGUUUUAUUGCUUGCAAAAAAUCUUAACAUUCGUAACCUUGAGAUUGAACUUGGUGCCACCACCAUUGUUAUCCCUAUGGUUAAAAACCAACAGAUGACUAAUCAUGUUUUCCAACCCUUGGUUUCCGAUUGUAGGACUUUGAUGCGAGAAUUUGAGAACCAGUAUACGCUGCAUGUUUCAGGGAAGGAAAUAGAUGUGCGGAUGCCCUUGCCCGAUCCGGAAGUAGGAACUUUUGUGAUAGCUUUAGCUAUAGUGAGGUCACCUUUGUUGUGUUUCAUGAACCUCCUUGUUUUGUUAAAGACUUGGUUACUGUUGAUACAGCAGGACAUGUUAUGUAUAGAUCUAUUUUAUAAUUGA